UGUUAGAUUGAAUCCACACAACAAAGCCAUGAAAAAACUUGCUUCGUUCUCGACGAUUGCUAAAGAUCAACUCUAACUCGUAAAGAAAAAACGGCGACAUUCUCGCAAAUUUUUAAACAAGAACUGAAAAUUCACAUACGGUGAUUUGCAUCACUCCAAAGGGUCAUGAAGUGAAAGUCUGUUAUUAUUUUUAAUCAUAACCCGAAAGAUUUAAGUAAGCACCGUAUUUCAACAAGCGUUUCCGUCUUCUGGACACCAAUUGAAUUGCAGCCAUGACUUUAUGGAACACAUUUUCCAGCAUAUUGCUCUUACAGUUGUGUCUUGUCUGCACAGAUGCCAGGCACACAUCACCACACAGUAAAAGAACAGUAAGAUCCCAAAGUAGACAAAGUCAGAACACUACUACUGCUUUACAAGAGUCUAGUCCUGGAUGGCCGAGUUCUCAAAUCAGCAAACGACGCCUAGUUCCCAUGCCUUUUGCAAAUCGUGCGUAUCAAAAUACUUUCAAUCAGCGGCUGUUUUACCGCAGACAAAAUAACUGGCUUGCAAAGCGAUACAACAAUUUAUGGAGGAAAUACGCAGUUGGCAGUAUCCCUGUCAGCCCCUAUCAUCAAUCGCUAUCACCUCAAGGUUAUAACAUGGUUCAAAAUCCAGGAUAUAGAAAUCGGUUAACACAAGCAACGAAACUUCGGAAUAACGCUGAUGAAGACACGAAAUUUGUAGAAGGAAGAAUUCAAGAAUAUUACGACCAGAGAAUUAACAAGAAUAGGAACAAAUGGAUGUAUAAGCCGAUUGGAGGUACCACCCAGCACCUGAAAGACAUCUUCUUGGGGCGGUGUUGGGAUUUUGUUGAAAAUAAGGGAAAAGAUCUUGAUAAUCCGUUCAAAGUAGAUUGUAAGGAGCUGUGGGAAACGUUUUCGAAGAGUUUUGCCUUUAAAGGGCCCUGUGAUGUUACUGCAAAGGACUAUGCUCUUUUCUUCGACUUGUAUGACGAGAAACCGCUGAAUGACAAAGUCAUGUUUUGGUCAGGAACAAGAGAACUAACGCAUGCGUACACCAGACUGUACCACAGAUUUACAACCUUGGAGGAUACAUUAGCAGGAUACUUGUUGAGCGGCUUGAGAUGGUGUGGCAGCAAGGAGGAUCCUGGGAUAAACUACAAGGAAUGUCCUUACGAAUGUAGCAAGCAGAAAGCAUUUUGGGGUCUGGCUGCGGAAAAGCUGGCGAGACGAGCUAGAGGCAUUGUCCACGUCAUGUUAAAUGGCACACGACAGCACCUUAUGGACCGACAGAUCUUUCCUUCAUUCAUGGACGAUAGUUAUCUAGCAGAGAAUCAACUGUCAAGUCUUCCAGUACAGGAUGUCAAAGAGUUUAGAAUUCUUGUGGGCCACACUCUUCAUCACAAAUCUCUGGAAAGAUGCGACAGCUUGACUAUUUUAGAGUUGCAGAAUCGAGCCAAGGCAAGGGGAUUGAAGACAACAUGUUUUGACAAUCCCUACUUUAUUCGACACCUUCUGUGCUUGGACAACCCUGGGGAUCCCUUGUGUCUUUUCAAGGUUUAUGACCAAGAUGAGUUGCCGGAGAAAUAAAGUUUUAGUUGGAAAGGAAAUAUAAUGAGACGCAACACAAUAGAUUACAUGAGUAUGAACAACUCAUGAUACGAAAUUUAGAGCACACUUUUCUCUGGCCGAGUAAGGACAAAAACUCCUACUAGCAGUCUUUUUAGGCAAAAAAAAUGUUAUUUACAUAGAUAUGGGAGCACAUACCCGAUGUUAUUAUUCCACGAUUACGUCAUGUUACCAUAUUAGGGCACUAGAACAUGCAAACAUGCAACGGUUUUAAUUAAAGAACGGUACGAAUAUUCGGACGUAAAGCGGAACAACAAAAUAGCCGUACUGAACAAUCCAAACUCUGAUUUUUUUCUCCGUUUUUUUGGUUUCACUUAUUAAACAAAAAUUCCUUCAAGCCCUUCAGAUGUGGUUUUUGGCCAUAACAACACCUUAGGGGUUUCGUUUUUGCUGUCUUCGUCUUUCGCGCACGCCUCGUGCGAUCAAAACAAUGCUUGGGUGAGGUCGCACGAUGUAGAAGUGACCAUCAAAGUACUAGAAAUUGAAACGAUAGGGGGAAUGAUGUGGCCUAAAUAAACUAUUUGAUCUCAUAUGUCGAGGUGUCAACUGCCUUAUAAAUAAAGGAUAAACAAAAUAAAGGACCCUUCGGCGUU